AAUCUUGUAAGGCUGGAGGGUGGUGAGGAGGCAUGGGAUUGAGAGAAUCUGUUGAAGAAGUGAGGAAUCGAAGGUAGGAGAUGUAGAACAGAGGGAUGACAAUGAAGGAAUUGAGAAUCUGAGAUUUGACUGUCGAGAGGUGAGAUCAGACGUAAGAAUUUAGGGAUGACAACGAUGGAACUGAAUCUUUUGACCAAGGACUAUAUCACCGAUCAGAAAGUCACUGUCUUUACUUGCAGUGAUGGCGGAGUGGCCCUGACGUCAACAGCGCUUAAGAAAGGAGGACUCUCAACUGGGGAUGUUGGUGUUCAGUACAAGUACAAGAACACCAUAGUUGAUGUCAAAGUUGAUACAGAAUCCAACAUCUCAACAACCUUUACAUUCACUGGGAUUCUUCCGUCAACAAAAACUAUUGCAUCUUUCAAAGUUCCCGAUUAUAAUUCAGGAAAGUUGGAGGUUCAUUAUUUCCAUGACCAUGCAAAUCUCACAACAGCAGUUGCAAUGAACCAAACACCUGCUAUUGAUGUCUCAGCUGCCAUUGGAACACCAGCUAUCGCUUUUGGUGCAGAAGCAGGUUAUGACACCACUUUGGGAAGUUUUACAAAGUACACUGCUGGUAUUAGUGUGACAAAGCCAGACUCUUGUGCUUCAAUAAUCCUGGGCGACAAGGGUGACUCUAUAAAAGCAUCUUAUGUGCAUCAUUUUGACCAGCUGAAGAAGAGUGCUGCUGUAGCAGAGAUCACAAGAAGGUUUUCCACAAACGAGAACACUUUUACGGUUGGAGGGUUAUAUGCCAUUGACCACCUGACCGUGGUUAAAGCUAAGCUCAACAAUCAUGGGAGACUUGGGGCAUUGUUGCAGCAUGAGGUCAUACCAAAAUCUGUGCUGACAAUUUCUAGUGAGGUUGACACCAAGAACUUGGACAAAAAUCCCCGCUUUGGAUUGGCCCUUGCUCUCAAACCCUGAUGGUUCAUUGCAAGAAUUGCACAUGCUAGAACAUGAUGCCAUAAUUUAUUUUGCUGGGACUUAAUGAGUGUCAAUAAGUAGCAGGCAAAUUUGUUAUUCAUUCAUUUCUAGGCGCUUGAUGACUCUGGACGGUUGCUUGGUGCUUGGGCUUUACCAUGGUCUUCUGUUUCUGUUACUGCAUAUUGUCAUGAAAGUUUCUGGCAUUUUGACACACAUACAUUAGAGUUAAGUUUGAUUGAUAGAAGCUACAUUCAGUGGUGCAAGUUAGACUACGGUAGACUGUUCUUCUGCACCUCGUGAAGAUAAUUUCUGAGCUUUCCCUGCUCUAAAGCAGGUCCAAUUGCUUCUGAAUUUUACCUAUGUUCCUUCCUUUUUCUCAUUCAAUGGAACGGUGAAUUUAUUGGCAAAAUAAAAAUAAAAAUAAAUA